AUAUCCAGCCAUUGGGAAAAUAUUGCUUGGAAACAGGUGAGGGUUGGUGACAGGAAAAGCGUUCAGCUGAAUAAAUCUGCUUCAAUGAAAUCCAUCUGACUCAUGCAAGCAUGGAAAAAGGAGAAGUUUAAAGGGUGACGAUGAAGAUUAUGUCUACAUUUGCAUGUAAUGUAUGCAUACCCUAGUGCUAUACAACAAGAACAACAACAACUUGCAUCUUCAGGAAGAUAAUUGUUGUUUGGUAAAGAAGACAUCGGCUACGUUACCAACAAGUCAUGAAGAAAUGCGGUCUGGACAAGCAAGGCAUUGGUGGGGCCGAACAUCACAGCAGUGGUGUUACUUUGCGCAAGGCAUCGCAGAGCAGCUUGAACGACGUCCACGACGACGAUGGUAACUCUUUGGAAAACAUGGACUUUCUUUCUUGCAUGCUGCCAUAUGAUGAAGAAAUUGCUGAGACAAAAAAGUCUGUAGAACGGAUAUUGGGAGAAGUAAAUGCUGAAUACCAUCAACCCCUGUCACUGGAAACUGACUUGCAGAGAUUUGAAGAACCCCUUCUCCGUUUGAGGACUUUCUUGGACAAUAACCGGGACCCUCCCAAUAGUUCUACCCCAGCUGUCAAUGGACCAUGUAAAGAUCCAAUCCAAGCUAUGAGAGCGUUUCUUGAUCGUUAAAUGUUUAAAGUGUUGCAAGAGAUGAUUCUUCUAAGUUUUUUUUUGUUGUAUUUGUUUUUAUUAAAUGCUGAUAUGUUCCUGUUA